CGAAUGGCUGGCGGCGCUGUCAAUCAGCUGUCUCCGGCGGCGGCCGAGGGCCCGGCCUGUGUUUUUUUGUUCUCCGCCCGGCCAAUGUGUGGCUGGGCUUUCAAAAUGGCGGCGGUGCCGGUGUACUGCGAGUGUCGGCAGCCCUACGACGCCGGCCGCUUCAUGAUCGAGUGCGAUGUCUGCAAGGACUGGUUCCACGGCAGUUGUGUACGAGUGGAGGAGCAUCAAGCUGUUGACAUUGACUUGUACCACUGUCCCAAAUGUGCCAUCUUACACGGAGCCUCUCUGAUGAAGAGACGGAAAAACUGGCACCGACAUGACUACACAGAGCCCACGGACUCUGUUAAGCUGAUCCAGGCAGGCACACCAGUUUUCAUCAGGCACCUCCGAGCCCGGCACUUUCCCAGUGCCUCUGAAAUUGUCGUCAAAAUGCAUGGUACCCAGCUGACACACAAGUACCUGGAAAAGCACAGGUUUGAAUUUCCCAUAUUGGUGCCCAAGAUAGAUGGACUUGGAAUCGCUCUUCCUUCAAACACCUUUUCUGUCAGGGAUGUGCAAGAAUAUGUGGGUGGUGAGAAAGUGAUCGAUGUGAUUGAUGUGGCUCGGCAAGCUGAUUGUAAGAUGAAACUGCAGGACUUUGUAGAAUAUUUCACUGCCGUCCAUCGAACCAAAGUAUUAAAUGUUAUUAGUUUGGAAUUUUCCGAUACAAAGAUGUCAGAGUUGGUGAAGGUCCCUGAUAUUGUUCAGAAGCUUUCCUGGGUGGAGAAUUACUGGCCUGAAGAUUCCAUCUUCCCUAAGCCCUGUGUUCAGAAGUACUGCCUAAUGGGAAUGGAGGACAGUUAUACCGACUUCCACAUCGACUUUGGGGGCACCUCUGUGUGGUACCAUGUACUGUGGGGUGAAAAAGUCUUUUACUUGAUAAAGCCUACCAAUGCCAAUCUUGCACUUUAUGAAAGUUGGAGCAGUUCUGUCAACCAGAGUGAGACAUUCUUUGGAGACCAGGUGGACCGAUGCUACAAGUGUGUACUGCAGCAGGGACAGACACUUCUCAUUCCCACAGGUUGGAUCCAUGCUGUCCUAACCUCCAAGGAUUGUAUGGCUUUUGGUGGAAACUUUCUGCAUAACCUCAACAUUGGAACACAACUCAGGAUAUAUGAGAUGGAGAAGCGAUUAAAGACUCCAGAGCUUUUCAAGUUUCCGUACUUUGAGGCAAUUUGUUGGUAUGUGGCAAACAGCCUUCGGGAAACCCUAAAAGAAAUGAGGGAAGACGGCUGUCAGCCACAAGAGUACCUGGUGCAAGGAGUCAAGUCGCUCAUCCCUUCACUUAAGUGCUGGAUUCAGAAGGAGGGGUUUAUUGGCCGCGCAUCUGAGCUUCCAGAUCAUAUCAGACCAGGGCAUCUUAUUAAGGAACUCAGCAAAGAAGUUCGCUUUGUGGAGGAGAUGAGCAUUGGAAAUAAACCUGUGAAAUCUCAGGGAAUUGUGCCUGCAGUGCCGGUUGCACGCAUCCCUCAGGACAAGAGUUGUUCCUUAAGUGUUAACCCUAGUAAGAGGAAAUGCAGGAGACUGAGAGACCCUUCAAACAAGAUGCACUCAAACCUGGAUAUUCUGGAGCUUCACACCCAGCAGGUAUUGAAGAAGAUGGAAACAGCUCAAUGGAGUGAGGAUAAUAUGUCUAGCUCCACAUUGAGAGUCAAAGUCAAUGGGACCUCACCACCGUCUUCAACUACAGCUGAGAAAGUCCGCAGUGAUAAUAACUUGCAGUUGGUGCUGUCAAAAGGAAGGAUCAUUAGUCAUGACAGGAACAGAGUGAUGGAGUCGGAACAGUGCAGUGACAGCAGUGAAGAUGAAGAGGAGGAACAAUCAGAUGAGCAGGGCAGUGUGCUGCAUGAAGCAGAGAGCUUGGAGUGGGAGGAUGAGAAGCCAGAAUCUCAAACUCCACUGAACAAGUUCUUUGAGAGUGUGCAAAUCGAAAUUCAGGAUGGGAUGUCUGAAUCAUCUGAGCAGUAUAACUCUGAUGAUAUGAAAGAAGAAUGCAGCAUACAGAUAGCGGGCUCUUGGCAUGAAGACUUUCACCAGUCCUGCAAUAGCGAGGAGAAUGGUUUGGCAAAUGAUUCAGUGACUGAAAAGUCCUACCAAGUUCCAGAUAAGCCCAGGACGAGUCUGAAGCGUUGCAAGAAGGACAGCAUGGUUGAGAGGGUACAGCCACCAUCUCCAAGCACAACAGAGGCCAUUCAGGGCAUGCUAUCAAUGGCAGCCCUGCAGUACUCAGACCUUCGCAACAGCCCAAGAAAGAAUAGGGACAGCCUGGAUAAAAGGAACCUUUCCAAGUCACAUCAAGGCAUAAGAAACUAAUAGGAGGGAGAAAGGAGCACUGAGCCCAUGUUCCAGGGCAUCAGACUGUGCUGGGCCCGUGAAGCAGGAAGCCGCUGAAUGCAGCACUGCGUUGGCGAAUACUGAAGUGAAGUGCUCAAUGGGAGCAACAGCAAGACUUUCCGAAGAGGUAGGACCUGGUUCCCUGUGUGCCUCUCAGUGUUUAGCACGUGCACUUUGUCUUGGUCGGGAAGAACCUACUCGCAUUUAACUCUUUGGGGAGGUAUUGAAGAAUGAACCAAAACAUCUCAGAAAAGAAUGUUCUUCAUUGGUGAGGCAAAACAUCCAGGAGAACAAAAUUUUAGUGGAAGAAAUGGUGGACAGUGAGGGUCAGAUUGCCUCUGACACACUGGGGGCAGUGUACAGAUCAACCACUGACUGUGACCUGCGAAUGAGUCCAGUUGACAAUGGUGACAGUCCAGAUCAGAUCCAUCCUGGAAUAUCAACAUCACCACCUCUGCAUCCAUCCAGCAAGCGGACCAUUCCUAAUCCACCUCCCGUGAGCAAUCAGGCAACAAAAGGAAAGCGUCCAAAGAAAGGGAUGGCAACUGCAAAGCAGCGACUGGGAAAGAUUCUGAAGCUGAACCGAAGUGGUCGCCUCUUCCUUUAGAGAUAAGACUUUACAGACUAGCAUUGGGCCAAAGAGGGUCGUGGUGCUGCAGCAUGGAUGGCCCUACCUCAUGCCCCAGGAAGAGACCCUUGGAAAUGCACUGUUGAAGCACAGAAGAGCAAUAAUGGCAAAGUCAGAGCUGGGGACAGAAAGGACUGACUUGGGAAGCUCUGGAAAUUGUUCAGGGUUAGCAAACAUUUUUAAAGGAUGGUAUUCUGUUUUUUCUGAAGAUACUUUCUGUUGUAAUUUAUCUUCCAAAUUAUUUGAUGCAUUUUAAUUUAACAGUGUUGUUUUUUAAAAAAAAAGAGAAAACUAUUUAUUGAGGAAUUGAUUCAUUUCAACAAAAUAAUUUAGA